AUGUGGGUCACUAAGAUAUUGAUGAGCCUGGAAAAGGGAGUUGGAAGGGUGCAGCCAAAACGUGGUUGCAAUGCAGCAUACCCAGCCAGCAGGUUGUCUUUCGGAAUCGACGCAAAUGCGAAGAUGGGACGUGAACAACAAUCCGAUGCUCCGGGAAAAUGGUAUCAUUCAACGGAGUGCACGUCGGAUGACGGUGACCGUCUUGUCGACCUAUGUGAGCAGACGGGCCUUGACGCAUCAACUUACGUGGCAUGGUUCAACCCAUUCAACGCCCGAAGAGCAGAGCAAGCGGAUGAUGGGGACGUUCAGACUUCAGCUCCACUACGUUCUGACGAGAACAUGGUGAACGGACAUGUCGGUUCUCGGAAAGACGGGUUCGAGACCUGUUAUGGUGGAUACGCUUAUGGAGCUCGUAACGACGACGGGUUGCGAAUCCUGGAGUAUGCUGUUGCAAGUGGCUUGAUCAUUGCUAAUACGCAGUAUCGGGAAAGAAAAUCGCAUUUGAUCACAUACACCAGCGGCGGUCGUGAAACACAAGCAGAUUUCUGGAUGUUACGCCGACGAGAUCGCCGAUUUCUGCAGGAUUCAGAAGUCAGAAAAGAAAAAUCGAAAGGAGGUAAGCCCAAAGUACAAAAGGCUACGUGGUUUUGGAACAAGGACGUUCAGGCGGCAAUUCGUGAGAAGAAGUCCAAGUAUAAGCUCUGGUGGAGGACACGUCAGCCUGAAGAUCGGGGUGCUUACUUAACGGCGAAAAGGGAGGCUAAGAAGGGCGAAAUCCGACCACUAGAAGGCUGUUUACGACAUGCUUGA